CCCCGUUGUCAGGCGAAUGUUUAUGUUCGGCUAUUUACAGCUUUACAAACGGAAUUUCUACCAAAACUAAGGCAUCGAACGACUGAUCGAUUAAUCAGAAUGACGGAGGAAGAAGUGCAGCCAAGUAAUACUUACAUCAUACGGCCAAACUUCCAACAUAAGUUCCGUCCAGUGUUGGUGAAAGAAGUCAUCCACCACGCUUUAUUAGAACAUCUCACCGAGAAGGAAUACAAUGGAGAAGAAGCCACUGAAUGGGCCAAAACAAUAUCAGAUGAAAUCAAAACGAAAUUAAAAGAUAUGGGUUAUGAUCGUUACAAGUUUGUCGUCCAAGUGGUGAUCGGUGAACAACGAGGAGAGGGUGUCAAAAUGGGUUGCCGGUGUUUCUGGGAUUCCGACACGGAUAAUUAUGCACAAGAUAUUUUCAUGAAUGAUUCAUUAUUUUGCGUGGCAGCUGCAUUUGGAGCAUUCUAUUACUAGCCCAUUCUACCCCUAGAACAGACUCUCAUAAGUCAGGGAUGCCAUUUGAAGGACUCCAGCAGUUAAAAUAAUCACCACCAUGUGUCACUAGUAUUGAAAAUGUGGAGCCAUAUCAAAUCCAGGAACAAGGUGAUUGCUGACUGCAGAAAGGAAUGUUCUCUCCUGGCUAACUUUGAAGAGGGGAGUUGAAUCAUUGAUAGAUGUUGUUUUCCUAUCAGUACAACUGGCUGGCUUGGUGAUAACAUCGACAUUUAUUCACACCGAUGUUUAACAUUUAGUUUUUGGUGCAUGAAAUGUCGAUGCUUAUAUCUGCUUAAUACGUCAGUUAGGCUGUGCAUGGUUUGUGCAGACACCUGUGGACAACCUACAAUCAGUGAGAUACUUCAACAACAGAACUUGUUGCCAGCCCGAGAUACCCAGAACUGGUAUUCCCUGCACGUUCACAGCUGAACGUCACAUGUUCGGUGUGUUGUGUACAUUUCAUGUAUAUUCAUUUAAAGAAUUAUUAAAAUAAUGAAUAUCAGUUGUUCAAAA